AUCUCAGAGAAGUCCUCAUGCUUCUUCCAAUCAGCUUCUCCCUCUAGAAGAAGAGCAAGGAACAUUCUACUCCUGCCUUUUCUUUCUUCUUUGCCUUUAAUAUUCUUCAUUUCCAGGAAGCCUCUAUUCUCAGUCGUCCUGCUGUUAGCUUCUGGCGUUUGACUGUGUGUUAGAGGCUGGAUCUGAAGUGGAGAUCUUGGGAUCACAGGAAAACUGGCUGCAACAGUGACGUGGAGGCAUGCUGCCAGCAGUGGCAGCGGCCUUCCCAGUAACGAUCUGGAAAAAAAUGGAGAUAGUAAACAUCAUGGUUUGGAACCCUCAACUCAGCAUUCUCUCAUGCUAAUGGGUUCAAGAGACCGCAGCAACAUGGAGGAUCCAGAUGGGACUUUAGCAAGUGUUGCUCAGUUGAUUGAAAAAUUGCGUAAGAAUUCUGCUUCCAUGCAAGAAAAAGAGGCACUGCUGAUGCAAUUGUUGGAGCUUAUUAAUACCCGAGAUAAUGCCUUUAGUGCUGUUGGGUCACACUCUCAGGCAGUUCCAGUGCUCGUUUCUCUACUUCGAUCUGGAUCAUUUGGGGUAAAGAUGCAGGCAGCCACUGUUUUAGGCUCUUUGUGUAAAGAAAAUGAGUUGCGAGUAAAAGUGCUGCUUGGAGGUUGUAUUCCUCCAUUGCUAGGUCUCCUCAAGUCAAGCUCAACAGAAGGUCAAAUUGCAGCAGCAAAGACUAUAUAUGCUGUGUCUCAGGGUGGUGCUAAGGACCAUGUUGGCUCAAAAAUCUUUUCAACUGAAGGAGUUGUGCCAGUGUUGUGGCAACAGUUACAGAAGGGUCUCAAAGCUGAAAACUUGGUUGAUGACUUGAUCACAGGCAGUUUAAAAAACCUGUGUACCAGCACUGAAGGAUUCUGGUCUGCAACGAAUCAAGCGGGAGGAGUGGAUAUACUUGUCAAAUUGCUAGCCACUGGACAAUCAAGCACACAAGCAAAUGUGUGCUUUCUUCUUGCAUCUAUUAUGAUGGAGGAUUCAUCUGUGUGCUCUAAAGUCUUGGCUUCAGAUGUCACACAGCAACUGCUUAAACUACUGGGACCCAAUAAUAAAUCGUUUGUCAGGGCAGAGUCUGCAGGGGCUCUUAAAUCUCUUUCUGCUCAGUCCAAAGAGGCCAGGAGAGAGAUAGCAAACUUGAAUGGUAUUCCUGUACUAAUAAAUGCUACUAUAGCACCCUCCAAGGAAUUCAUGCAGGGCGAACAUGCUCAAGCUUUGCAGGAGAAUGCAAUGUGUGCACUUGCAAACAUUUCAGGUGGCUUGUCAUAUGUUAUAUCGAGUCUUGGUCAGAGCCUUGAAUCAUGCUCUUCAUCUGCCCAGGUUGCUGACACAUUAGGGGCUUUAGCUUCGGCUCUUAUGAUAUAUGAUAUCAAAGCCGAAAAUGCAAGAGCCUCAGACCCUUUGGAGGUGGAACAGACACUGGUUAAACAAUUUAAGCCUCAGUUGCCAUUACUGGUGCAAGAGCAGCAGCAACAGGAGUGUGCCGUUGCUUUACUCUGCCUUCUGUCGGAUGAGAAUGAUGAAAGUAAAUGGGCCAUCACUGCAGCUGGAGGCAUUCCUCCGCUUGUUCAAAUUCUCGAAACAGGAUCUUCCAAAGCUAAGGAAGACUCUGUAACCAUCCUUGGAAAUCUCUGUAACCACAGUGAAGACAUACGUGAAUGCGUUGAGAGUGCUGAUGCUGUUCCUGCUUUAUUAUGGCUGCUAAAGAAUGGGAGCUCCAAUGGCAAAGAAAUUGCUGCCAAGACAUUGAACCAUUUAAUCCAUAAAUCAGAUACUGCAACCAUAAGCCAACUUACUGCUCUUUUAGCCAGUGAUCUCCCCGAGUCUAAAGUUUAUGUCUUAGCUGCAUUGAGAAAUUUGCUUUCUAUGGUACCUCUUAAUGAUAUUUUGCGAGAAGGCAGUGCAUCAAAUGAUGCAAUUGCGAUGAUGAUAAAUCUUCUAAGCUCCGACAAGGAAGAGACUCAGGCUAAGUCUGCAUCAGCAGUUGCUGGAAUCUUUAAUCUCAGAAAGGACUUGCGUGAAAGCAGUCUUGCUUUGAGAACUCUUUGUCCGGUUUUAGAGCUUCUAAAUAUGGAAUCUAAGGCCAUCUUAGUAGAAGCUUGCCGUUGUCUUUCUGCAGUAUUUCUAUCAAUUAAAGAGAACCGUGAUGUCGCUGCACUUGCUAGAGAUAAGUUGCCCUCAUUGGUGAUCCUUGCUAGCGCUACAGCGUUGCCUGUAGCAGAGCAAGCAAUAUGUGCUUUGGCCAAUCUUCUUUUAGACCAUGAAGCUUGUGAAAGAGCUGUUCCUGAAGAAGUUAUCUUGCAUGCCACUAGAGUUCUGCGUGAAGGUUCAACUGAUGGACAAACCCAUGCUGCCUCGGCAAUUGCUCGGCUUCUCCAAUCUCAUAAUGUUGAUUCUGAAAUAACGGACUGUGUCAAUCGCAAUGGGACAGUUCUUGCUUUGGUCUAUUUUCUUGGAUCCACUACUGGUGGAUCUAUUUCAAUAUCGGAAGCACUAGAUGCCCUUUGUUAUCUUUCAAGGUUAGAAGGACCUGGUGGGCAUACUAAACCUGCAUGGGCAGUUCUUGCAGAAUACACAGAUGGAAUUAUUCCGAUCAUCUCAUGUAUUGCUGAUGCACCUCCCUUGUUGCAAGACAAAGCUAUCGAGAUAUUAUCUUCGCUCAGCCAAGCUCAGCCAGAUGUCCUAGGAGAAACGAUUGAGUGUACUUCUGGAUGCAUAUCUUCAAUUGUAAGAAGGGUAAUCGAUUCCUCAGAUGGAAGAGUAAAGAUUGGAGGAACUGCUCUACUUGUAUGCACCACAAAUGUGAACUCCCAAAGAGUGAUUGAGGAUUUAAGUGAAUUCAAUUUACGUGUUCCACUAAUUGAAUCACUUGUAAGAAUGCUGAACCCCCUAGAAUCUUCUCUGUUGGAUAGAAAUGAAGGGCACAAGAUUGCAAUAAACAUAUCCAGGAAUACUUUAGAUGAAUCAAAGAAGGAUGAAAUGGAGAGAAGUACUUCAGUUAUCUAUGGUACCAAUAUAGCUAUAUGGCUACUAUCUGUUCUUGCUAGCCAUGAUAACCAUAGCAAAGUUGAGAUUUUGGAGGCUGGUGGAAUUGACUCUCUUACUGAAAAGAUAUCUCAAUCUUUCUCCCAGUUUACUCAGAUUGAUUUUAAAGAGGAUGUUAGCAUAUGGGUUUGUGCACUGCCACUGGCGAUCUUAUUUCUACAUAGAGAUAUCAUUCGGGAACAUGUCACAGUAAAAGCCAUACCUGUGCUGGCUAAUUUGCUGAAGUCAGAGGAGUCAGCAAACAGGUAUUUCGCAGCACAAGCAAUAGCCAGUCUUGUCUGUAAUGGUAGCAGGGGAACUCUUCUUUCUGUUGCCAAUUCAGGGGCAGCAGCAGGUCUUAUUUCAUUGCUUGGGUGGUCCGAUUAUGACAUUAGUGACCUCAUUGAACUCUCAGAGGAGUUCGCUUUGGUACGUCAUCCAGAGCAAGUAGCUCUUGAAAGAUUGUUUAGGGUUGAUGACAUUAGGGUUGGGGUAACUUCUAGGAAAGCUAUACCAGCACUAGUUGAUUUGCUGAAACCAAUCCCAGAUCGCCCAGGUGCACCUUUUUUAGCUCUUGGACUGCUGAUACAACUGGCUAAAGACUGCUCUUCAAACAAGAUUUUAAUGGUAGAAUGUGGCGCUAUUGAAGCAUUGACUAGGUACUUGUCACUUGGCCCACAAGAUGCAACCGAGGAAGCAGCUACUGAUUUAUUAGGUAUCUUAUUUAGUACUGCUGAAAUUCGUAGACAUGAAUCUGCAUUUGGAGCUGUUGGUCAGCUUAUAGCAGUCUUACGUUUAGGAGGAAGGGCAGCAAGAUAUAGUGCCGCCAAAGCCUUAGAGAACCUGUUUUCAGCAGAUCAUAUAAGAAAUGCAGAAUCUGUUAGGCAUUCUGUUAAACCUUUGGUAGAGAUCCUAAACUCUGGUCUUGAAAAGGAGCAACAUGCUGCUAUUGCUGCAUUAGUGCGGCUGCUCAGUGAGAAUCCAUCAAGAGCUCUUGCCGUUGCAGAUGUUGAGAUGAAUGCAGUAGAGGUUCUAUGCAGGAUUCUCUCAUCAAACUGUUCAAUGGAGCUGAAGGGGGAUGCUGCCGAGUUGUGCUCUGUUCUAUUCACUAGUACAAGAGUAAGAUCUACAAUUGCUGCUGCUCGCUGUGUGGAACCUUUGGUUUCUCUUCUGGUUACUGAAUUUAGUCCAGCUCACCAUUCAGUUGUUCAUGCAUUAGAUAAACUGGUUGAUGAUGAACAGCUGGCAGAACUUGUUGCUGCACACGGAGCUGUCAUCCCCCUUGUAGGCCUUCUCUAUGCACCCGAGUUUGGACAUGAUGGACAACAUAGUGCUCUCCAGGUUCUUGUAAACAUAUUAGAGCACCCACAAUGCCGUGCUGAUUACACCUUGACAUCCCAUCAAGCAAUUGAACCUUUGAUUCCUUUACUUGAUUCUCCUGCUUCUGCUGUUCAACAGUUGGCAGCUGAGCUUCUAUCUCACCUUCUUGUGGAGGAGCAUCUUCAGAAAGAUCCUGUUACACAACAAGUGAUUGGCCCGUUAGUACGAGUGCUUGGUUCUGAUAUACCCAUUCUGCAACAGAGAGCCGUGAAGGCUCUUGUUUGUGUUUCAGUAACUUGGCCCAAUGAGAUUGCAAAAGAGGGCGGUGUAAGUGAGCUUUCCAAAGUGCUAUUGAAUGCUGAUCCUUUGCUUCCAAAUGCUUUGUGGGAAUCAGCUGCUUCUGUCCUAGCCAGUAUCUUGCAAUUCAGCUCUGAGUUUUACUUGGAAGUACCUGUCGCUGUUUUGGUGAGAUUGCUUCGUUCUGGCUUAGAAAGCACCAUACUUGGUGCACUAAAUGCCCUACUUGUGUUGGAAAGUGAUGACUCCACCAGUGCUGUAGCAAUGGCUGAAAGUGGAGCAAUUGAAGCUCUUUUGGAACUUCUCCGAUGCCAUAUCUGUGAGGAAACUGCAGCUAGACUGCUUGAGGUUCUGCUGAACAAUGUGAAGAUCAGAGAUACCAAAGCUACCAAGUCAGCAAUUCUUCCGUUGUCACAAUACCUCUUGGACCCACAAACCCAAGGUCAGCAAGCGCGGUUCAUGGCGACACUUGCUCUUGGUGCUCUAUUCCAGAAUGAGUCACUUGCUAGAACAUCAGAUGCCGUUUCUGCAUGCCGGGCAUUGGUUAAUCUGCUUGAGGAUCAGCCCACUGAAGAAAUGAAAGUGGUGUCAAUAUGUGCAUUACAGAACCUUGUUAUGUAUAGCCGAUCAAAUAAAAGAGCUGUUGCAGAAGCAGGAGGCGUUCAGGUUGUGCUCGAUGUUAUUGGUUCAAGUGAUCCAGAUACAUCAGUACAGGCAGCAAUGUUUAUUAAGCUUCUCUUUUCUAACAAUACUAUUCAAGAAUAUGCUUCGGGCGAGACCGUCAGAGCUAUAACAGCUGCACUCGAAAAAGACUUGUGGGCAACAGGAACAGUUAACGAAGAGUAUCUGAAGGCUUUGAAUGCACUUUUUGGAAACUUCCCACGUUUGAGAGCAACAGAACCUGCAACUCUAAGUAUACCACAUCUGGUCACCGCCCUCAAGACUGGUUCAGAGGCAACUCAAGAAGCUGCUCUGGAUGCUCUGUACUUGCUCAGACAUGCUUGGUCAGCCUGCCCAGCUGAAGUAUCUCGAGCCCAAUCAAUUGCUGCUGCUGAUGCUAUCCCUUUGUUGCAGUAUUUGAUACAAUCAGGCCCGCCUAGGUUUCAGGAGAAGGCAGAAUUCCUUUUGCAAUGCUUGCCAGGGACAUUAGUGGUGAUUAUUAAGCGAGGCAAUAACAUGAGACAGUCAGUUGGAAAUCCUAGUGUUUAUUGCAAGCUUACCCUUGGUAAUACACCACCUCUGCAAACCAAGGUUGCAUCAACUGGUCCUAAUCCCGAAUGGGAUGAAAGCUUUGCGUGGUCCUUUGAAAGUCCCCCAAAAGGACAAAAGCUUCAUAUCUCAUGCAAGAACAAGAGCAAAAUAGGAAAGAGCUCAUUUGGGAAGGUGACGAUCCAGAUUGACCGAGUAGUGAUGCUUGGUGCAGUUUCUGGGGAGUACACCUUGUUGCCCGAGAGCAAAAGUGGACCGUCUAGGAACUUGGAGAUAGAAUUCCAGUGGUCCAACAAAACCGAAGUGUAGAAACAACUGCGAGGUUUUUGCCCAUUUUCUCAAAUUCUUGAGUUUCUUUCAUUCACCACCAAAUGUAUAGCAUCUUUCCCUUCGUAGCCUUGAAACAACAAGUUGUUACGAGCAGUAUAUUAUUCUUUUGUAUCUUGUGCAUGCGGAUUCAUUGUCAAGGUGUUUUUGCUGUUGUAUUCACAUUCAUUGUAAGCUAAGUCACUUCUGUAUUUAUAGGCUUGUGUAGUUUCUAAGCUUUUUCCCCCCCUUGUAUGAUUGUAUCUUAUCCCAUCAAUUUCGAGUUCAUGAGAAUGUAAUAAACUCUGGUUUGUAUACAUCCACGGUUUUCCUUGCACGCUUUCUCGUUUCUUUAAUGCAAAUAUUCCAAGGGUGAAUUUAUCCUCAAAUU